UCCUCCCUCCUCCUCAGUCCUUCUUUCUCUUCCCAAAUUGAGUCAGGUGUGGGUAGGCCUUGGUAGCAGAUAGAGCACGAGACUUGGAGUUGCUAGGCAGUGGCUGAUACUUGGGAGCGGCGUAACCAGGCACAGACGGAUGGACGGAUGGACGCGUCCCCGAGUCUCUCGGAGCCUCUCCUCCUCGUGAGCCUCUAAAGCCUCCUCCCCAGGAGAGUGGCGAGCCUCCGGCCAGUCACGGUCCGCACGUGUUCUUCCCGCAGGAGCGAGUGCCCUCCGCCACCAUGAGCAGCACCCUGCAGUCCCCCACAGACUUCGACAGCCUGGAGAUCCAAGGCCAGUACAGCGAUGUCAACAACCGCUGGGAGCUGUCUGACGUGGAGUGGGACAGUGAGAGCAGCUCGGCCCGGCUCUUCGAGCGCUCCCGGAUCAAGGCUCUGGCAGAUGAGCGAGAGGCGGUGCAGAAGAAAACAUUUACCAAAUGGGUGAAUUCACACCUGGCGAGGGUCACAUGCCGCGUGGGAGACCUGUACAGUGAUCUGCGGGAUGGGCGCAACCUGUUGAGAUUGCUUGAGGUGCUUUCUGGAGAAACAUUGCCAAAGCCCACCAAAGGCCGCAUGCGCAUCCACUGCCUGGAGAAUGUAGACAAAGCCCUGCAGUUCCUGAAGGAGCAGAAGGUGCAUCUGGAGAACAUGGGCUCUCACGACAUUGUGGAUGGCAACCACCGCCUGACCCUGGGCUUGGUCUGGACCAUCAUCUUACGCUUCCAGAUUCAGGACAUCAGUGUGGAAACAGAAGACAACAAGGAGAAGAAGUCGGCCAAGGAUGCCCUGCUGUUGUGGUGCCAGAUGAAGACAGCAGGGUACCCUAAUGUCAACGUGCACAAUUUUACCACCAGCUGGAGGGAUGGGCUGGCCUUCAAUGCCAUCGUUCAUAAACACCGGCCAGACUUGUUGGAGUUUGAGUCUCUGAGGAAGUGCAAUGCCCACUACAACCUACAGAAUGUCUUCAACUUGGCAGAGAAGGAGCUGGGCCUAACCAAGUUGCUGGACCCAGAGGAUGUGAACGUGGACCAGCCCGAUGAGAAAUCCAUCAUUACCUAUGUGGCUACCUACUACCACUACUUCUCCAAGAUGAAGGCCCUCGCCGUCGAAGGCAAGAGGAUCGGCAAGGUGCUGGACUAUGCCUUGGAAGCCGAGCGCUUGGUGGAGAAGUACGAGUCCCUGGCCUCGGAGCUGCUGCAGUGGAUCGAACAGACCAUCGUGACCCUCAAUGACCGGCAGCUCGCCAACUCCCUGAGCGGCGUGCAGAACCAGCUGCAGUCCUUCAACUCUUACCGCACCGUGGAGAAGCCGCCCAAGUUCACCGAGAAAGGAAACCUGGAAGUUCUGCUGUUCACCAUUCAGAGUCGGCUCCGGGCCAACAACCAGAAGGUGUACGCGCCCCGGGAGGGCCGGCUUGUCUCGGACAUCAACAAGGCUUGGGAACGUCUGGAAAAAGCAGAGCACGAGCGGGAGCUGGCCCUGCGUACGGAGCUGAUCCGCCAGGAGAAGCUGGAGCAGUUGGCCGCCCGGUUUGACCGCAAGGCCGCCAUGCGGGAGACCUGGCUCAGUGAGAACCAGCGCCUCGUGGCCCAGGAUAACUUUGGCCUGGAGCUGGCGGCCGUGGAGGCCGCGGUGCGGAAACACGAGGCCAUCGAGACCGACAUCGUGGCGUACAGCGGGCGCGUGCAGGCCGUGGCGGCCGUGGCCGAGGAGCUGGCCGCAGAGCGCUACCACGACAUCAAGCGGGUGGCGGCUCGGCAGCACAACGUGGCCCGGCUGUGGGACUUCCUGCGGCAGCUGGUGGCGGCUCGGCGGGAGCGGCUGCUCCUCAACCUGGAGCUGCAGAAGGUCUUCCAAGACCUCUUCUACCUCAUGGACUGGAUGGAGGAGAUGAGGGGCCGACUGCAGUCUCAGGACCUGGGCAAGCACUUGGCUGGAGUGGAGGACCUGCUGCAGCUCCACGAGCUGGUGGAGGCUGACAUCGCGGUGCAGGCUGAGCGGGUCCGGGCCGUCAGCGCCUCGGCGCUUCGGUUCAGUGACGCCGGGGCAGGCUACAAGCCAUGCGACCCCCAGCUCGUGUCCCAGCGCGUGGAGGCCCUGCAGCAAAGCUACGACGGGCUCUGCGAGCUGGCGGCCACUCGGCGGGCCCAGCUGGAGGAGUCCCGCCGCCUGUGGCGCUUCCUGUGGGAAGUGGGCGAGGCGGAGGCCUGGAUCCGAGAACAGCAGCACCUCCUGGCUUCGGCGGAGCCCGGCCGCGACCUCACCGGCGUCCUGCGGCUGCUCAGCAAGCACGCGGCCCUGCGGGACGAGAUGAGCGGCCGCCUCGGGCCGCUGAGGCUCACGCUGGAGCAGGGCCAUCAGCUGGUGGCAGAAGGCCAUCCUGGAGCGAAGCAGGCAGCCGCCCGCGGGGCUGAGCUGCAGGCCCAGUGGGAGCGCCUCGAGGCCCUGGCCGAAGGGAGGGCCCGGGAUCUGGCCCAGGCUUCCAGCCUCUACCAGUUCCAGGCCGAGGCUCAUGACAUGGAGACGUGGCUGGUGGAUGCCCUGCGCCUGGUGUCCAGCCCAGAGCUGGGCCACGACGAGUUCUCCACCCAGGCCUUGGCCAAGCAACACCGGGCCCUGGAGGAGGAGAUGCGGAGCCACCGGGCCGCCCUGGACGCCCUGAGGGAACAGGCCGCAGCCCUGCCGGCUGCCCUGGCCCACGCCCCGGAGGUGCAGGGCUGGCUGCCCGCUCUGGAGCGCCGCUACCAGGAGCUCCAAGCAAGAGCGGGGGAGCGGGCUCGGGCCCUGGAGGCCGCCCUGGCACACUACACCAUGCUCAGCGAGGCCGGCGCCUGCGGGCUCUGGGUGGACGAGAAGGAACAGUGGCUCAAUGGCCUGGCCUUGCCCGAACGCCUCGAAGACCUAGAGGUGGUGCAGCAAAGGUUUGAGACUCUGGAACCCGAAAUGAAUGCUCUGGCCGCCCGAGUCACCGCUGUCAACAGCAUCGCCCAGCAGCUGUUGGAGGCCGAGCCGCCCAGCAGGGACAGCAUCCUCGCCACCCAGAAGCAGCUCAACCACAGGUGGCAGCAGUUCCGGACCCUCGCGGAUGGCAAGAAGGCAGCCCUGACCUCGGCCCUGAGCAUCCAGAACUACCACCUCGAAUGCACAGAGACCCAGGCCUGGAUGCGGGAGAAGACCAAAGUGAUCGAGUCCACCCAGGGCCUGGGCAAUGACCUGGCCGGAGUGCUGGCCCUUCAGCGUAAGCUGGCUGGCACAGAACGGGACCUGGAGGCCAUCGGGACCCGAGUGGGAGCCCUGGCACAGGAGGCGCACGCCCUGGCCGCCGGCCACCCCGCGCAAGCCGCCGCCAUUGAGGCCCGCCUCCGCGAGGUCCAGGAGGGCUGGGAGGGCCUGCGCGCCACCAUGCGUCGACGGGAGGAAUCUCUGGGCGAAGCCAGGCGGCUGCAGGACUUCCUGCGCAGCUUAGAUGACUUUCAGGCCUGGCUGGGCCGCACCCAAACGGCCGUAGCCUCCGAAGAAGGGCCCGCCACGCUUCCUGAGGCCGAGGCUCUCCUGGCCCAACACGCUGGCCUACGGGAUGAGGUGGAACGAGCCAAGGGCGAGUAUAGCCGACUUCGCGCCGUGGGCGAAGAGGUGACCCGUGACCAGGCCGACCCCCAGUGUCUCUUCCUGAGGCAGCGCCUGGAGGCUCUGGGCACCGGCUGGGAAGAACUGGGCCGCAUGUGGGAGAGCCGCCAGGCCCGUCUGGCCCAGGCCCACGGCCUGCAAGGGUUUCUACGGGAUGCUCGGCAGGCGGAGGGUGUGCUCAGCGGCCAGGAGUACGUGCUGUCUCACACGGAGAUGCCAGGGACCCUCCAGGCUGCCGACGCCGCCAUCAAGAAGCUGGAGGACUUCAUGAGCACCAUGGAUGCCAAUGGGGAGCGGAUCCGGGGGCUCCUGGAAGCUGGGCGGCAGUUGGUGGCAGGCGGCAACAUUCACGCCGAGAAGAUCAAGGAGAAAGCGGACUCGAUUGAGAAAAGGCACAGCAAGAACCAGGAGGCCGCCCAGCAGCUUCUCCGUCGUCUCCGUGACAACCGAGAGCGCCAGCACUUCUUACAGGAGUGCCAUGAGCUGACGUUGUGGAUUGAUGAGAAGAUGCUGACGGCCCAAGAUGUAUCCUACGACGAGGCCCGAAACUUGCACACCAAGUGGCAAAAACACCAGGCGUUCAUGGCCGAGCUGGCAGCCAACAAGGACUGGCUGGACAAGAUUGACCAGGAAGGAAAGGUCCUGACCUCGGAGAAACCGGAGCUGAAGUCCUUGGUCUCGGAGAAGCUGGACACCCUCCACAAGCGAUGGGAUGAACUGGAAAACACCACCCAGGCCAAAGCCCGCAGCCUCUUUGAUGCCAACCGAGCAGAGCUGUUUGCCCAAAGCUGCUCUGCUUUGGAGAGCUGGCUGGGCACCCUGCAGGCCCAGCUGCACUCAGAUGACUACGGCAAGGACCUUACCAGCGUCAACAUUCUCCUGAAGAAGCAGCAGAUGUUGGAACGAGAGAUGGCUGUGCGGGAAAAGGAAGUGGAAGCCAUCCAGGCUCAGGCCAUGGCCCUGGCCCAGGAAGAGCGGGGAGCAGGAGAGGUGGAGAGGACGUCCAAGGCUGUGGAGGAGAAGUUCCGGGCCUUGUACAAGCCUCUGAAGGAGCGCUGCAACCGCCUGCUGGCCUCCCGUGAGCAGCACCAGUUCCAUCGGGACGUGGAAGAUGAGAUCCUGUGGGUAACCGAGCGGCUGCCAAUGGCCAGCUCCACAGAGCACGGCAAAGACCUGCCCAGCGUCCAGCUGCUCAUGAAGAAGAACCAGACAUUACAGAAGGAGGUCCAGGGCCAUGAGCCCCGCAUUGCAGACCUGAGGGAGCGGCAGCAAGCCCUGGGGGCAGCAGCAGGGCCCGAGCUGGGGGCCCGGGUGGCCGAGCUCCAGGAGCUGUGGAGACACCUGGGCCAGGAGCUGGAGCAGCGGGGGGCUCGCCUCCAGAAUGCACUGAGGGCCCAGCAGUUCUAUCGCGAUGCCGCCGAGGCCGAGGCCUGGAUGGGCGAGCAGGAGCUGCAUAUGAUGGGCCAGGAGAAGGCCAAGGAUGAGCUGAGUGCUCAGGCCGAGGUCAAGAAGCACCAGGUCCUGGAACAAGCCUUGAUAGACUAUGCACAGACUGUCCACCAGCUGGCGGCCAGCAGCCAGGACAUGAUUGACCACCACCACCCCGAGAGUGACCGGCUGACCAUCCGCCAAGCCCAGGUGGAUAAGCUGUACGCCAGCCUGAAGGAGCUGGCCGUGGAGCGGCGGGGACGGCUGCUGGAACACCAGCGACUGUGCCAGCUGCGAAGGGACCUGGACGACCUGGAACAGUGGAUCCAGGAACGGGAGGUGGUGGCCGCCUCCCACGAGCUGGGCCAGGACUACGAGCAUGUCACAAUGUUGCGGGACAAGUUCCGAGAGUUCUCCCGAGACACCAGCACCAUCGGUCAGGAGCGGGUGGACAGCGCCAAUGCCCUGGCCGACGGGCUGAUCACGGGGGGCCAUGCCGCCCGGGCUACGGUGGCCGAGUGGAAGGACGGGCUCAAUGAGGCGUGGGCUGACCUUCUGGAGUUACUGGACACCCGGGGCCAGGUCCUCGCCGCUGCCCACGAGCUCCAGCGUUUCCUGCACGGAGCCCGGCAGGCCUUAGCACGGGUCCAGCACAAGCAGCAGCAGCUACCGGACGGAGCCGGCCGGGACCUGAACUCUGCCGAGGCCCUGCAGCGCCGACACUGUGCCUACGAGCACGACAUCCAGGCCCUGAGUGCCCAGGUGCAGCAGGUGCAGGAUGAUGGCCAGCGCCUCCAGAAGGCCUACGCCGGGGAGAAGGCCGAGGAGAUCGGCCGCCACAUGCAGGCGGUGGCCGAGGCCUGGGCCCAGCUACAAGCUAGCUCGUCGGGACGCCGCCAGCUGCUCCUGGACACGGGGGACAAGUUCCGCUUCCUGCAGGCCGUCCGGGAGCUCAUGCUCUGGAUGGACGGGGUCAACGUGCAGAUGGAUGCCCAGGAGCGGCCCCGGGACGUGUCGUCCGCCGACCUGAUGAUUAAGCACCACCAGGGCAUCAAGGCCGAGAUCGAGGCCCGCGCAGACUGCUUCUCCUCCUGCAUCCACCUGGGCCAGGAGCUGCUCGCCAAGAACCACUACGCAUCCGAGGAGAUCUCAGAGAAGCUGUCGCAGCUGCAGGCGAGGCGCCAGGAGACAUCAGACAAAUGGCAGGAGAAGAUGGAUUGGCUUCAGCUCGUCCUGGAAGUGCUGGUCUUUGGCCGAGACGCCGGGGUGGCCGAGGCCUGGCUUUGUAGCCAGGAGCCCCUGGUGCGAAGCGCUGAGCUGGGCUGCACCGUGGAUGAAGUAGAGACCCUCAUCAAGAGACACGAGGCCUUCCAGAAAGCAGCCGCCUCCUGGGAGGAACGCUUCAGCGCGCUGGAAAAGCUCACCGCGCUAGAGGAGAAGGAGGAACUGCAGAGGCGGCGGCGGGAGCAGGAGGAGGAAGAAGAGCGUAGGAAGAGAGAGCCUCCAGCCUCAGUGCCCCCAGCAGCGCCUCCCCAUGGGGGUCCCUUGGAUGGCCAGAUAGCCUCAGAAGCCUCACAGGUUGGGACCCACCCACGACUGCUGGCAUCUGGGGAGCCAGUUGCGGUCAAUGGCGUCUGCCCUGAGACAGAAUCACCCCAGCCCCGGUUGGAGCAACAAAGACUGGACCAGAGCAGCUCCGUAGAAGGCCCUGUACCCGGGGCAGGGGAGGCUGCCAACGGACCCCGGGGAGAGAGGCAAAACCGGCCCCGAGGCCCCGGCCCUUCACCAAUGCCCCAGGGGAGGGCUUCUGAAUCAGCCUAUGCUGCCACCUUGCCCCCUCGAGGCCCCGAGCUCUCCGCCCAGGAGCAGAUGGAGGGUCUGCUCUGCCGAAAACAAGAGAUGGAGGCCUUUGGCAAGAAGGCAGCCAACAGGUCCUGGCAGACCGUGUAUUGUGUCCUGCGCCGCAGCACUCUGGGCUUCUACAAGGACGCCCGCGCCGCCAGCAUCGGGCUGCCCUACCACGGAGAGGUGCCGGUCAGCCUGGCCAGAGCCCAGGGCAGCGUGGCCCUCGACUACCGGAAACGCAAGCACGUCUUCAAGCUGGGUUUACAAGACGGAAAAGAGUAUUUAUUCCAGGCCAAGGACGAGGCAGAGAUGAGCUCGUGGCUCCGGGUCGUAAACGCUGCCAUCGCCGCGGCCUCUGCGGAACCAGAGGAGCCGGUGAUGCCCAGCGCGUCCCGGGGCAUGACUCGGGCCAUGACCAUGCCUCCGGUGUCCCCCACCAGCGGAGAGGGGCCCGUUGUCCUGCGCAGCAAGGAAGGCAAAGAACGGGAUCGAGAGAAACGUUUUAGCUUCUUCAAGAAGAACAAAUAGUAGGAGGCCACUCCCUGGACAGCCAGCGGCCCUUGCCCGUGGCCAGGGGGCAGCAGCCACUGGGGACUGCCUCCAGGGAUGACUCUGGUGCCAGGACAACCUCCUGCUGCUCGGGAUCAUUGCCAAGCCACCUCCCCAUGCCCAGGAACUGUUUCUGGAGACGCCCCACACUUCCCAAGGGCAGCCCUUUUCUUCUAUUUAAUUUCCAGACUGGUGACGGGGCCCAGGCAACCCCCAGUUCAGCCUCUCUCCUCGUAUCCGUUUGGCUCCAUUCAGGUCCCCUGAACAGUGGGGUGCCCCCUUCCCCCUCCCCUUCUCCUCUCCCCUCCCCUCCCCAUGGAGCCUGGGACAGUCCACCUGUAACCCUAUGCCAAAUGGGGCCUCGCUGCCCCACUCUGCCCCUGCCUUAGGGCUCUCCUCUCCCAACACAGCUAGGUUCCCUGUGGUUCCGUGGCCCCUAGGAACCAGCCAGGAACCUCUCAGAGCUGCAGCCAGGCCUUGGAGACAGGAGUGCUAGAUGAUGGAGCCAGUGAUGCUGAAAUGCUCGCCCCACCGCCCCCUUCCCUCUCCUCUAGCCCUGAAAGGUCACCCCAUGUGCCGGGGACUCUCAGCAGCUCCCCAGGGCAGGGGAUCCUGGUGGGGUCUCCAGCCACACGUGGUCCGGCCUUGGAGGGGAUUAAAGUGCUCAGCUCUC